ACACUAAUGGCAGUUUUCGAAGAAUCGGACAGAGUUAACAACACUCCACAGCCCAAUAACUGAAAACUUGUUCCUCUUCGUUGGGUCUCACAGAUUCUUCUGUUCUAUUCUUCUUUACUUUCACGGUCAGUGUCAACUGGCAACCUCUGAAUCUUACAAGCAGUAGCUACAUGUUGGGGUUCAUUUUCUUCUUUAAUUAUCAUGUGGGUAUCCUUUUGUUGGCUGUAUGAUCUUGCUUAAAACCUAAAACCCCAUCUGGUGGUACAACGAUAACAAGUGAAGAGUGUUCUUAAGUUCAAUCACCACUGGGCAUUGGCCGUAAACAAAGAAACAAACCCACUCUUGUUGUUUUUCUGAAUCUGUGUGCUUCAAUUCAUAAGAGGUUUUCUUUUUACCCUUUUCAUCGUUUUACUUUUUAAUUUUUUGUUUCUGUUGAAGGGUUUAUAAUCCUGGCAGUUGUGUUGCUUUUGAGAUUUGAGUUACAGUAGUUGAGGUUAUAUAUAAGUUCUUGUUAGUUUUACUAAUGUCAUCAAUACCAUCCAAAAACAUAUGGAUGAGGAGGCAGCAAUGUCCCUGUGGAGAUUGGAAAUGUUAUAUUACAUAUGAAGGAGAUUGUGAAGAGACGUCAAUGGCGUCCCAGUUGGUAAAGAAUGACACUUUUCAAUCUGAAGCUAUGGUUGCCCCAUAUGUAGGAAUGGUGUUUAAGAGUGAUGAUGAUGCAUUUGACUAUUAUGGAAAUUUUGCUAGGAGAAAUGGGUUUUCUAUUAGGAAAGAAAGGUCUAGAUUGAGCCCUCAAUUGGGUAUUUAUAAACGUGAUUUUGUAUGCUAUAGAUCUGGAUUUGCACCAGCUAGGAAAAAGCCUUCUGGGGAACACCAUAGAGAUAGGAAAUCGGUGCGAUGUGGAUGUGAUGCGAAAAUGUAUUUAUCAAAGGAAGUUGUUGAAGGGGUUUCUCAAUGGUUUGUUGUGCAAUUUAGUAAUGUACAUAAUCAUGAACUUUUGGAAGACGACCAAGUGCGCCUUCUUCCUGCAUACAGGAAAAUUCAUGAGGCAGAUCAGGAGAGAAUUCUAUUGCUUUCAAAAGCUGGGUUUCCAAUACAUCGCAUAGUGAAGGUGCUGGAGUUGGAAAAAGGGAUUCAGGGUGGACAACUGCCUUUUCUGGAGAGGGAUGUAAGGAAUUUUGUUCAAAACCGGAAGAAAAUUGUUCAAGAGAAUGAUGCUUUACUCAGUGAAAAAAGAGAAAAUGAUACCUUGGAACUUCUGGAGGCAUGCAAGGCUACAAAAGAGAUGGAUGAAGAUUUUAUUUAUGAGUAUACAGUUGACGAGAAUGAUAAGAUUGAGAACAUUGCAUGGUCAUAUGGCGACUGUGUUCGUGCAUAUACAUUAUUUGGUGAUGUGAUUUAUUUUGACACUAGUUAUCGCUCCAUCACAUAUGGUAUGCUUUUUGGAGCGUGGUUUGGAAUAGAAAGUAACGGAAAGACCAUAUUCUUCGGUUGUGUUCUAUUGCAGGAAGAAACACCUCGUUCCUUUGUAUGGGCUUUGCAGGCUUUUAUCCGUCUUAUGAAGGGAAAAUGUCCACAGACACUCGUAACUGACCUAGAUAUGGGGCUUAAGGAUGCCAUAUGUAGUGAGUUACCAAACACGAAGCAUGUUAUAUCCAUGUGGAAUAUUUUACCCAAGGUAUACAGUUGGUUUUCUCUUGCAUUUGGCACUCGAUAUGCAGAAUUUAAAUCCAAGUUUGAUGAGUUAUAUCGCAUUGAGAGCACAGAAGAUUUUGAACUUCAAUGGAGUCAAAUGGUUUCCAUGUUUGGACUUGGUUCAGAUAAACACAUUGCUUUGCUCAAUUCCCUCCGUGCAUCGUGGGCUUUAUCCUAUGUGAGGGGUUACUUUCUUGCUCGAAUGGCAACAUCAUCAUAUUCAAAGUCUGUCGAUGCAUUUUUGAAAGGUUUAUGCAAUGCACAAACAUGUUUGCGUAGUUUCUUUGAGCAGGUUGGUGUUUCUGCCAAUUUUCUAAACCAUGCAUGCCGUGAGAUGCAAUAUAUGCUCAUGAAGACAUGCAUCCCUAUUGAAGAGCAAGCACGUAGUAUUUUUACUCCAUUUGCCUUUAAUGCUUUACAACAUGAAUUGAUGUUGGCCAUGCAAUAUGCUUUAUCUGAAAUGGCCGAUGGAUCAUAUCUUGUACAUCACUUCAAGAAGAUGGAUGGAGAGCAUUUGGUCAUAUGGAUUCCAGAAGACGAACAGAUCCACUGUUCCUGUAAGGAAUUUGAUUCUUCAGGGAUAUUGUGCAGACAUGCUCUUCGUGUAUUCAUACAAAAAAACUACUUUCAGCUUCCUGAAAAAUAUUUCCUAAGCAGAUGGCGACAGGAAAGUUCACCAGUUCUUUUCGAUGAUCACUAUGCUCGAAAUAAAGAUGGUGAAUGGCUUCAAGAAUAUCAGUCCCUGACUGAAACUCUUUUCACGGAGUCAUCAAUCACAAAGGAGAGAACUGACUUCGUUCAUGGCGAACUUACAAAAGAAUUGACAAGGCUUCUUAGGGAGGUUAGAGAUAUGCCGGGGAGUGAUGGAGUUGCUUUGCCACUUUCACCAACUGGUUAGAUUGGUGGAAGUUCAUUACGGUACAUGAUCAAAGGUGGUGAAAGAUCCUAUAUACAUGUGCAUUUUCAUUGUUCGCUUGCAUACCUAACGAGAACAAGUUUUGAAUGGAAGAGCUGUUCUAAUGAAGGUAUACAAAAUUAUUCUUAAGGUGAUGCUAGUCAUUCUGUUUUCUGCAUGGAAAGACAACUGAAGGCUGUGAAGAAUGGUUUUGGAUAUCUCAGUCCAGUGUAGAUAGGCAACAACUGAAAAAGAAAUCUAUUGUUUAACGUUUGGAAUGGUUUUUUAAUGUUGUGCUUUUGCAGGAGAUUUGUUUAUUCAUCCAUCUCCUGCCAAGAGGAUCUACCAUAGCUUUUAAGAGACCUCCUCUGACCCUUGGAGUGUGCAGUACAAGCCCAGGGGAGUGGAGAGGGAUCCAGUGAUAAUGAUUAGCAGACAGCCAGUGAUAGUAGAAAGUGUUUCAAUUAUGCCCAAUUUGUUUCCCCAUAUAGAGAAACACUUUUGUUUAGUUAUUGAAGAUAAAUCAAAUUAAGAGUUAUGAA